CAAGCCAGCCGCCGCCGAUAGCAAGCGAUCCAAAGUUAUCCAAAGUUAGGGAGAAAUUUGCAAACAUUUUUUACCGGAAGAGCAGAAAAAAGAAAUCAAAUCAAGAGAAAAUGAAUUUACAUGUGUGCGCCUUAGCGCUGCUGCUGUUCGGCAGCAUCGCGAGUGUCCGCGGCAGGGCCGUGGACAUUGUGGACGAUAGCAACGAUGUGGACAACUCCAUUGAGACGGAAGCGGAGCCGGCGCAGGAGGAGAAGCCCCGCAAUCGAGCCUUCGAUGCCGAUUGGCUCAAGUUCACCAAGACGCCGCCCACGAAGAUGCUGCAGGCGGAGGGAGCCACCGUUGAGAUUGUGUGCGAGAUGAUGGGCUCCCAGGUGCCCAGCAUUCAGUGGGUUGUGGGUCAUCUGCCACGCUCGGAGCUUGAAGACCUGGACUCCAAUCAGCUGUCCGAGGAUGCACCCAGCGCCAUUGUUCGCGUGCGUUCUGUGCAUAUCAUCGAUCAUCCUUUGAGCGAAGCCCGCACCUACACCUGCGUGGGACGCUCUGGCUCCAAGACCAUCUAUGCCAGCACUGUGGUGCAUCCGCCUCGCUCCUCGAGGCAUGUGGCGGAGAAGACUUACCCGGGUGCCCAGAAGCCGCGCAUCACCUACACGGAGAAGACGCAUCUGGAUCUGAUGGGCUCUAAUAUCCUGUUGCCCUGCCAGGCGCAUGCUGUUCCCAGAGCCGAGGUCACUUGGUUCAACAAUGAGAACAAGGAGAUUGUGGCAGGACACCGCUUCAAGGUUCUGUCCACGGGCCAGCUGAUGAUUGCUGACAUCAAGUGGGAGGAUAUGGGCAACUACAAGUGCGUGGCCCGCAAUGCUGUGGGCUUCGAUACCGCCGAUACCUUCGUGUAUCCCGUACUUAAGGAGCAAGACUAAAGAACCCACCACAAACCACAGAAAAAGGCUAUUGGAUUGACGACGGGAAAUAUUCAUCUAGUUAGUUAGAUAGAUCAAAUGCCUUCGAAGAUGCGCGGAAAGGAAAAGAAAAGAAAAUAUGCUUAGAAAAAAUCACAAAAAAAAAUUAAAGGAUGAUGGUAAUUGAGAGCGAGAAGGGUCAUACGAUUUACAAUUAUGUACAAUUUAGACUUAAGCUCCAUUUAGUUGGUAAUCCAGGUAAUUAAUUAACCGUAUCUAAUGCCGGCUUAGACACUAAACUUUCGUAAUCUUAACCUCGAAUAGCAGUCAACACACGUAUCGCGUUCGAAUUAUCUCUACUUUAUAUGGUUUCUUCUUCAAUUAUAGUUUUAACCUUAAGUAGCAAUUGAUUGUUCCUAGCGAUUCAGGCGAGCUCUAGUUAACGUAUUUAAACCAAUUGGCCGUUUUACUUAAGCAAGCGAAGCACUUGUAACCAAACUCGAACCACAACACACACACUCAAUCAAUCAAUCAGUCAAUCACCCAAUUCGUAUUUUAUAUUUAUUUGCACCCCCCAAUCAUUUCUACAAUUAAUUUAUUGAUCCACCAAAAAACAAAAAAUUCAUCAAAGGCAUCGCAACCCCCCAUCCAGAAUCACGGAGAAGUAUUCAAGGAAUUAAUCAGUUUCAUAAGCGCUACCCCCCUCGUAUGUUUUACAUUCUUAAGUAAGCUAAUCGAACUGACAUAUGGUUUUCUUUAGUUCUUAAUCAUUAUACUUUGAAUAAAUAUAAGAAAAGUAA